GUCCCGCAGAAAAGCCAAAGAUCAACAAAUUGACUAACUUUGGAUUUUCCAUUCAAUUGAUUAAUAAAGUUUCUUCUCACCUUAGCGAACCCUCCAUAGUUCAUACAUCAGUAUUUAUUAUCCAUGUUUAUGGAGAUAGGGGACUGUCAGCAUUAUCAUACACGGCUUGGAGGCCGCACACCCCGCAUAUUACUGUUCGUUCACCUUACAAUGAAACAAAAGCUAAGGAAUAA